AUGAAGGGUGUGUUUUUGCCUCUCAUAGCAUUGAUACUUUACGUAUCAUCAGUGGAUGCAAGUCACAAUGAUCCACCAGAGUUUUUUUGUGGUGAACAAAUUGACAUAAACCCUAAUAAUGAGGUUGAAAUUACAACACCGAACUUUCCCGAUAAGUAUCCACACAGGGUUAAUUGUACAUGGACGUUCUGCUCCGUGAAUCAAAUGCACAUAAUUGUUUUGGACUUCUUCAUAUUUCAAACAGAAAGAGACAACAAUUGUGACGAUUAUGAUUAUGUCAAUAUUUUUGACGGCGAAUACAUAGGACCUAAUCUUAUUGCCACAUUUUGUGGUGAUAAUUACUGUGAAGGAUAUCAGAGUGGAUUUUACCCAUUGGAAGAAGUUGAGAGCACAGGAAGAUGUAUGACACUCUACUUUCGUACAGAUGGUUCCGUCCGACACCUAGGUUUCCUAGCAAGGAUUAAUUCUAUGCCUGGUAUGUAA